UCUCUUCUUCUGCUAUCUGUUACUAUAUCAUUCGGUUUGGACACAAAUCUGAUUUUCUGGCUUCAAGUGGUCUUUUUGCAAUUGUUGACAUUGACAUUCAGUUUAUCGCGAAGGUCAACGAAAGAUCCUUCUCUUUACUCAUUCAAUUCCCUCUCUCCCCCCUUCUUCUUUGACUCCAUCUGGUAUUGAGUCUUACCUUGCACUACCCAAGUUCACCUACCAAUUUCGCAAUUCCAACUGCCUUGAUGGCUGCUGUAUGUUCCACCUUUUUCUUUUUGGUUUUGUUUUUUUCUCUUUUUCUUUUCCCUUCCCUUCUCUCCUCCUCCUGCCUUGUUCCCCCUCCUUCCCCCCCUGCCCGUGGCUCCUCAUUUGGUGCAUCCGCGCCCAGCUCCACCUCUCUAAGUCACUAGUCAACCGCUGGGGUUUCAAUCACUCCUGCCUGUGUCUUGCUCCAAUCUCCUCUGCCCCAAACCCAUCAUACUCCUCCCUCUCACACUCUCUCCACUCUCCUUCCUUUCCACCCACUCCCCCCCUCAAAAUCUCUCUCUUAUCGCCAUCGGUCAUGAUUCAUGCUAACAGUCGCCAUCCUUUCGCUUUUUGCAUUUCUCCAGUGAGACCCCAUUUUCGGCCUCUCAAUGUGAUAUCCUUUCUUUAAAAAAAAACAAACAACCCCAAUCCUACCACCACCAUUUGACCACUGCUGCCGCUUACUGCCCGUGAUUGCUGCAGCUAGCUAGCUAGCUAGCUUC